CAGUUCUAGUCAAGCAAUCAAAAGACAGCCACGUAAGAUGUGACACAAUGAAACAAGUAAUAAUUAUAUUGUUGUUAUUAGUGUUUUGUGUAUGUUUAUACGACGCUAAGGACUUAGUGGUUGGUACGAGAAUAAAUAACUUGUUGAUAUCAACAGAAAAAGUUGUGUAUAAAGGAAUACCGUUUAUAAGGAGGGAUAAGGAUUAUAACUAUACUGAUCCCAAGGCGAGGGUUAUUAAGGGUAUCAUAGCCCGUGACCUAUCGCGGACCGAUGCGGAGGUGACAUUAGUAUCUGGCGGGGUCGGCGACACCCACGUCACACUGCAUCUGCGCAGCGAGAGGGGGGAGGGACUCAAUUACCUAAUACUCAUCUUUAGUCAGAACAAAUGAUUAAAAACUAAAUUUUUGUUUUCGGACGGUAAUGAAUAAUGGCUUCAUCGUUAUGUUGGGAUACAAGACAGUUUAAGAGGAUAUCGCAUCGUAUGAUACUUUUAUUUUUACUAUAUACGUAUUAUUAGUGAUAUUAUUCUUGAAUUUUAAUAGAUCAAUUUAAUUUAAAGCAUG